AUGAAUCUCGGGUUACUUCUACUACUACUAGCCACCACGGCAUUUUCAUCCCCUUUAUCGGCGUCUACCAUACAAAAGGCCUCUCAAACUACCACAAGUCAUACUGUUGUUGAGACUGAAAAAUUAACGGAUGGAAUAAGGAGGGACAACCCGGCACAAUCCACCGCAGCGACUUCUAUAACCAGCCCACCUUUGGAACGAUGCGAUCCGACCAACUGCGGCACGCUAUGCACUUCAAAGAGUGCACAACCUUCAGGUGAUGGAGUAAUGGCGGUAGCACCUAUAUCUGUGGGCGGUACCUCGAUACCAACUGUCCAAAGCCCUAUUGACACGAUUUUCAGUGUCACCGCGAGCUCUAUAGUCAUCUCUCCAACAUCGACUGUGCCUCUUCCCGCCCUCAAUCAGCGGAGUAUGCCCCAUUACCUGGUGAUUCCUGAUAAUAGAACAUUGUUCAACAAUUCCCUGAUGAUCCCCGAUAAUAAAACACUGCUCGACAAUACUUUGAUGAAACGCACAUUUCCAGACGUGCCCCUGAUUGGUCUAUACCUCAAAGAACUUGAACCCGCAUUCCUCCCGCUUAAUGCACGUACGUCAGAUGGGAAGUUUUAUCCGUUUCCAGCCAGAGAUCACAGUAGUGUGGGUGUGCAAGGUUUAUAUGGAUGUACCUCUGUGAUCAUUAUAUCUCAGAUAGGGGCAUAUGUAUCUCAUAUCUGGGAAGACCCGGUCUUUGGCCAUAAUGAAGGAUCUAAAUGGAUUGAUUCUCCCGACAAGGACUUCUGGACGAAUAGCUUUAGAGAACUCUAUGAGGGUGGGACUUGGGCAAAGAGUGUGCGAGGCCUAAUUGGAACCGAUCAAAAAAAAGGGCCACUCCAUCCUGACCGUCAACCCGUCAUCUUCGUUGUCACUCCCUAUGUCAUUGAUAUUGAUCCAAAAACGGGGGAUGUGAUAAAGCGUAUCAAUUUUGAAAAACGUGCUGCGCAACUUGCUGAGGCAUUUUCGAAUGUAGUCCAAAAAAAGGAUAAAAAGAGGCGCUAUAUUAUAGGAUAUGACCGCCUCACUAAAAAUGAGGUUGAGGCGAAUAUAAUGGGAGAUGAGGGCAAAGUCGUUGUAGAGGUUGACCCUACAAAUAGCAUUAAGGAAAUUAAUGAUGGGACUCUCCGUUACCUUGGAAAAUGGCGGAUCUUUGUGCAGGAUAGGGAAAUUGACGGUGUCCAAUUUUAUAACGUGCGAGCAUCUCCCACCCCUACCCCUACCCCUAUCCCUACCCCGGCUCCAAAUCCUGACCCGGAUGAACCAGACUGCGGUGAAUAG